AUGUCAAACAUCGAGACAUUCCGCAUGCCCCAAUCACACUGUCUGCCCCCUCCACAGCAUCCAUCACUCCCUCGCCCGUCCAUUGCAGCUGCUGGCCGACAGUUUAUGUGUGUUCACAACAUAAAGACUGCCCUGGCAUUUCAGUCCAGUACCUCCACAACCAAACCAGUACAGUACCUCCACAAUCAAACCAGUCCAGUACCUCCACAAUCAACCCAGUCCAGUACCUCAAUAAUCAACCCAGUCCAGUCCCUCAAUAAUCAAACCAGUCCAUUACCUCCACAAUCAUACCAGUCCAGUACCUACACAAUCAAACCAGUCGAGUACCUCCUCAAUCAAACUAGUCCAGUACCUCCAUAUUCAAACCAGUCCAGUACCUUCACAAUCAAACCAGUCCAGUACCUCCACGAUCAAAGUAGUCCAUUGCCUCCACAAUCAAGCCAGUCCAGUACCUCCACAAUCAAACCAGUCCAGUACCUCCACAAUCAAACCAGUCCAGUACCUCCACAAUCGAACCAGUCCAGUACCUCCACAAUUGAACAAGUCCAGAACCUCCACAAUCAAACCAGUCCAGUUCCUCCACAAUCAAACCAGUCCAUCCAGUACCUCAAUAUUCAAACUAGUCCAGUACCUCCACCAUCACACCAGUCCAGUACCUCAAUAUUCAAACUAGUCCAGUACCUCCACGAUCAAACUAGUUUAUUACAUCCACAAUCAAACCAGUGCCGUACCUCUACAAUCAAACCAGUCCAGAACCUCCACAAUCAAAGCAGUCCAGUACCUACACAAUCAAACAAGUCCAUUGCCCCCACAAUCAAACCAGCCCAUUACCUCCAAAAUAAAACCAGUCCAGUACCUCCACAAGCAAACAAGUCCAUUACCCCCACAAUCAAACCAGCCCAGCCAGUACCUCCACUAUUUAACUAG